AUGGGAGCCCCAAAUAUUUGGCCAUUUGCUUACAUAAUAAGAGGAAUCUAUACAUCAUUAGCUAUUGGAACUACUUAAAAUCCAUUAGUAAAUGAUUAUAUAUAAAAUGAUUCUAGAGGAAAAGCUAGCGCAUUUUAAGCUUUUGGCUCUAUAACAGGGGAUAUGCUCAACUAUUUUGUUAUAUUACCUUCAAUUUCAGGAUUUAAAAUUGGAGAAUAGUUUUAAUUUGUUGGAAUAUUAUUCAUAAUAAUGGCUUUAAUCUUCUGGUUUAUAUUGAAGGAACCUCAUGUGCAUUCUUAGAGAAAAUCUUUGCAAAGAAGUCUGCUAGCAUCAACAGUAAAUAAUGAGAUCUCUAAGGUAUAUGAAGAUGAAUCAGCUAUAACUAAAGCAAAAAAGCUAACAAAGAACCUAAUAUGGUAUUGUUUUCAUAAAAGCAUUAUCCCGCUGUGCUUCCUUGCAAAUUUUAUUGUCAGAAUAAACGUUAUUAUGCUUUCAAACUAUAUGACCUUGUGGACAUCUAGUUUCAUUGGAACAUCCUAUGUUAAAGAUUCUUAGCAAGCCUAGGAAAUCGUUUAAAAUUACAACACUUAUUCCACUCUGUCUAACUUAACCUUAAUAAUUCCUAUGGGUAUGUUAGCUGAUAAAUUUAAGUACAUGCACUUAAUGGGAUUUUUCACAACUCUUAAAGUAUUGUCAAUAGCAUGUUUCUUUUAAUUAACAAACCCUAACUAAAUAUCAACAACAGUUGUAUUCAUAGCAAUGAUUUUAACUCAUGGAGCUUAAAACGUAUUAACUGAUACUGUAUUUUCAAAAAAUUUGCCUAAAGAUAUUAGAGGUUCAAUGUAAGGUGCAUAUCAAUUCAUUGGAACAAUAGGAGUUAUGAUUUUUACAAAAGUAGGAGCAUUUUUACACAAUGAUUAUGGCCCUUCAUACCCAUUUUUAUUUGUAGUCUGCUUUGAUUUAAUAUUUCUAGUUGCUCUAGUAAUUUUAGUAACCUUUACAAAAUUUAAUCAUUGA